AUGGCUUCCUUGUUUUCCUUUUUAACUUUAAUCAUGUUUUUUGAAAUUGCAAUGGUGGCUAAUAUCAUCAAAGGAGAGCCUCUAGUUCAUGGAUUAUUUGUCUUUGGAGACUCUAUUGUUGAUGUUGGCAAUAACAACUACUUAGCAACGUUGGUUAAAGCAAACUUCCUUCCUUAUGGAAGAGACUUUGUGAAUCACUCUCCAACAGGACGAUUUUCUAAUGGAAAAAUUGCUUCAGAUUAUACAUCUGAAUUCUAUGGAUUUCCCUUACAUCAACCUGCUUAUCUACAACUAGUCAGUAAAGGAAACAACCUGUUGAGUGGUGCCAACUUUGCCUCGUCUGCUUCUGGUUACUAUCCCUCCACAGCAGCAAGAUAUAAUGUACUUACAUUAAGCCAACAACUAGAUCUCUACAAGGAUUACCAGAAAGAAUUGGUGAAAACAGUUGGACAAUCACAUGCACUAUCAAUUAUAUCUGGUUCAAUAUAUUUUGUUGUUGCCGGAUCUGGUGAUUUUGUACUAAACUAUUACGUAAAUCCGUUUCUCCAAUCAAUUUACACACCUUUUCAAUUCUCAGACGUUCUUAUAGAAUCCUACGUUACUUUCGUCGAGGAUUUGUAUGCACUUGGAGCAAGGAAGAUUGGUGUGGCAACAAUACCUCCUAUAGGCUGUUUGCCGCUAGUCAUCACUUUAUAUGGUUCUUACAGCAACACAUGCGUAGAAAGAUUCAACGAAGUUGCUAUGGACUUCAACAAAAAGCUCAACAUCACUUCAGAGAAAUUGCUAAAAAAGUUUCCAGAUCUUACCCUAAUCAUUCUGGAUAUCUUCCAACCUCUCUAUAAACUCAUCAUUAAACCUUCUGAUUAUGGAUUUUCGGAAUCUAGGAAGGCUUGUUGUGGUACAGGAUUGUUCGAAGUUACGUUUUUAUGCAACCAACUAUCUCCAGGAACAUGUGCUAAUGCAUCAGAAUAUGUAUUUUGGGAUAGUUUUCAUCUCACUGGGACUGCAAACAAGCAUUUGAUUGAUGCAUUGACUCCAGUUUUAAAGUCUUUUAUAAAAAAUUAA